AUGAAAAAGUUCCUGAACAAAAGCUUGGCCCGCCGCCCGACGGUGGGCUCCGGCUCCAGCUCGAGCAGCCCCGAACAGACAGAUGAGUCGCCCGAAGGCAUUUUGGUUCGGGAAAUGACAACCUUUUGCGAAGUGAGCAACAGCCCACAGAACCCGCAAGGAAAUGAAUUCGUUCACCUCCCUCUGAUCGUCGAGAGCGCCGAAUCGAGCCCCGCCGCCGCAAAGGAGGCCGCUGUGCGUAUUCGCAAAUACCUCUCCACUCCGAACCAGACGCCGAAUCAUGUCCAAUACAAUGCGAUUAUGUUGAUGCGCAUUCUCACCGACAACCCGGGCCACACCUUCACCAAGAACUUUGACAGCAAGUUCGUCACGGUGAUCAAGGAGCUCCUGCGAUAUGGACGCGACUGGCAUGUACAGCACUACCUACGCCAGUUUUUGACUGGACUGGAGACUGCCCGAUCGAUGGACGAGGAUUUGCAGCCACUGCUGGCAAUGUGGGCGAAGGAGAAAGUCAAGAGCGAGCGCAAUGCGGUCAACCGAUGGCCACAGCCCAACAGCUUCAACAGCCCAAUGGCACCAAUGCCCCCGCCUCGACCGCAGGCUCGUCCGCCACAGAACCAGCUCCCGGACCCCGGCGAGCUGGCCGCGCGCAUCGAGGAGGCGAAAAACUCUGCGAAGCUCCUGACCCAAUUCGUUCAAAUCACGUCGCCCGCAGAGGUCGAAGGAAACGACCUGAUCAAGGAAUUUGUAGACCGAUGCCAAACUUCGUCGCGCCUCCUCCAAGGCUACAUCAACUGCACCAAUCCGACCCCGGACGAGGAUACUCUUCUUACUCUGAUCGAGGCAAACGACGAAAUCUCCGUCGCGAUCUCCGGACAGCAGCGCGCCAUGCUGAAGGCGCGCAAGGCUCGCGGCUCGACCACUCCCACGUCCUCCGAACUGAACAGUCCCUCCCCGCCAGCAAGCACCAACCGCCCUCUCCCAUCGGAUCCUCCGCAGCAGAGGUCACCAGAUCAACCGUCCUCCCCGCUGAUUGAAUUGCCCAACACGGUGAUGUCGGGUGCAGGUGGUCGCUCGAACACGAACGGACAGAGAGCCAAUACCGAGCGGUAUGAAUAUAACUCAGCCGACUUUGAAGUGCAGAACCCGUUUGCCGAUGACUAUGCCACGCAUGAGUCGGACCAUGAACGGAACCGAGCUCAUGGUGCUUCUACGCAAGGCGACCGCGUGCGCUUUCAGGCUGCAGAGCAGGAGCGUUGA